AUGUGGAAAAAACGUAAGAGAACAAAUGAAAACAAUAAUUUAUCGCCGAGGUUGAUAAGAUCGAGGACAAAAAGAUUUGCAAAUGAAUAUGGCUUAGGAUAUGAAUUCCACGAAACCAUUUCACAAGAAGUUACAGCUGAACCCAUGGAAUCGAUGCUUGUUCAAGGAUUCAAGCAGAAGUGGCCUUUAAAUUUAUGGCGACAGAUCGGAUUCACCGAUGACUUCGUGAAAUGCAUCAACCCUCACUGGAUGCAAUUUCCUCCACCCAAUCCCUCAUUAUAUUAUGGAAUCGGUGGUAUAUAUAUUGUGAUGGCAGUGAUGGGUUCCCUUGGCAACACGACCGUCAUAUUGAUGUAUUGUAGGUGCCGGACACUACGCACUCCGGGGAAUAUUUUAGUGGCUAAUCUUGCUCUAAGCGACUUUAUGAUGUUGGCCAAAACACCAAUUUUCAUUUUUAACUCAUUUUACCUCGGCCCAGCUUUAGGCAAGUCUGCUUGCGUGGUUUAUGGUUUUAUCGGUGGAUUGAGCGGCACAACGUCAAUCGCUACUCUUACUGCCAUUGCUUUGGACCGUUACUGGGCAGUGGUGUAUCCACUAGAGCCUCUGCGAGCGCUCACAGCUAUCCGGGCUCGCUUGCUAGCCGUCGGUGCCUGGUUCUACGCUGGAUUCUUUGCUAUGAUACCAGCUUUAGACAUUGGAUACGGUCACUAUGUUCCCGAAGGCUUCCUAACGAGCUGCAGCUUUGACUACCUGACUGACGAAAUCCCACCUCGCUAUUUUAUAUUCGCAUUCUUUUGCGCCGGGUGGCUGGUGCCACUUUGCAUAAUUUCAUUCUGCUAUACGCGUAUUCUGAGUAUUGUUGUUGGCAAAAGAAACAUGAAUUCAAAAAAUCAAGAGCAGCGUCUUUCAUCUAGACACGUCAAAGAACAAACGAAACGCAAAGCGGAACUUAAAUUAGCGGUCCUCGUUAUUGUAGUCAUUGCAUUAUUUUUUGUAUCUUGGACUCCGUAUGCUAUCAUUUCAUUACUGGGAAUUUUCGGUAAAAGGGACGUCAUAACUCCAAUAACUUCCAUGAUUCCUGCUUUAUUUUGUAAGACUGCUGCUUGUAUUAAUCCUUUCAUUUAUAUAAUUACACAUCCAAAAUUUAAAAAAGAACUCCAGAAACUAUUAUUUAGGGAUAAAUCUCGCCGUAUGACGGGAACUUUUAAAACUGCCGCUUGUACUGAAACAAGCAAAUUUCAUAGACAGAGUAAAAAUCUAAGCGAGACUGAUGUGGAAAUCAUAGAAAUGAAAGAUAUUCCUUACAAUGUUCCCAAUUCGAAAGAUAUUCCAAAUAUUGAGACCAUAUCGUCAAGAAUAUCAGAAAGAGAAGGUUCACAGAAGUCGAAAAGAAGCGUAAGCAUGAAAAGUUUUGAAGAGAGUGUCAUUACACCGCCGACUUGGUAUUCGAAACCAGAAUUUACUAAAAAAAAAAGUUUUCAUCGUCGAUUGACAAACACCUCCUUUGAUCUAUAA